UCCAUUUAAAAAAUAAGUCCCGGUUCACCACGAGGCUUUAGUAUGAAUGCGCUCAUCCGUUUCACUAUCACUAGAAGGCAUAACUCAGAAAGAACGAAGAUGCAACGAUGACCCAGCCUCGGCCCAACGAGUUCAUUGCUCCACCGGAGUGUCCUGUUUUUGAGCCCAGUUGGGAGGAAUUUGCCGACCCAUUUGCGUAUAUCAACAAAAUACGGCCUAUUGCAGAGAAAACGGGUAUCUGCAAGGUCCGACCACCUAAGGAAUGGCAGCCACCAUUUGCUUGCGACGUUGACAGGCUGCACUUCACUCCCAGGAUCCAGAGACUUAAUGAACUGGAGGCUCAAACCAGAGUCAAGCUCAACUUCCUUGAUCAAAUCGCAAAAUUUUGGGAGCUGCAAGGGUGCACCUUGAAGAUCCCUCAUGUCGAACGAAAGAUUCUGGACCUGUACCAACUCAACAAGUUGGUGAACGAUGAGGGGGGAUUUGAAGCCGUUUGCAGAGAGAGACGCUGGUCUAAGAUAGCCCUGAAGAUGGGCUUUGCUCCAGGGAAAGCCAUUGGCUCUCAUCUGCGCUCCCACUACGAGAGGAUCCUCUACCCUUACAACCUGUUCCAGACCGGAGCCAACCUUCUGAAGCCCACGCUAACCAAUGACACCAAGGAUACAGACUACAUCCCCCAUGACCUGCCUCAGCGCCAGUCUGUCCAACCUGUGGAGACCUGCAGCAUUGCUCGCAGAGCCAAGCGCAUGAGAGCUGAGAAAGGCUGUAUAAAGACUGAGGCUGUGGACUGUGAGAACCGACCCAACCUGAGACGGAGAAUGGGUUCCUAUGUUGCCAAGCCAGAGCCGCACCCUGUGGAAGUGAUACCUGUUCAGGUGAAACAGGAACCUACUGAGCAUGAGGAACAAAUAAGUGACAAAGAGAAUCUUCUUUCUAAGAAAAAGGACCCCACAGUGGAUCAGUACAUGUGUCUGGUGUGUGGCAGUGGGAGCGAAGAGGACCGCUUGCUGCUUUGUGACGGCUGUGAUGACAGCUACCACACCUUUUGUCUGAUUCCACCGCUCCACGAUGUCCCCAAAGGAGACUGGAGGUGCCCCAAGUGCCUGGCUCAGGAGUGCGGCAAACCCCAGGUAGCCUUUGGCUUCGAGCAGGCUAGCAGGGAAUACUCCCUCCGUGGGUUUGGAGACAUGGCUGACUCUUUCAAGUCAGACUAUUUCAACAUGCCAGUUCAUAUGGUUCCCACAGAGCUGGUGGAGAAGGAGUUCUGGCGGCUGGUCAGCACUAUCGAAGAGGAUGUGACUGUGGAGUACGGCGCAGACAUUGCCUCCAAGGAGUUUGGGAGUGGCUUCCCAAUCAGAGGCGGUCGAUUCCAGGUCUCCCCUGAGGAUGAGGAUUACUUGAGCUGUGGCUGGAACCUGAACAAUAUGCCUGUGAUGGACUCCUCUGUGCUGACUCACGUUACGGCUGACAUCUGUGGGAUGAAGUUACCCUGGCUUUAUGUGGGCAUGUGCUUCUCCUCCUUCUGCUGGCACAUCGAAGACCACUGGAGCUACUCCAUCAACUACCUACACUGGGGAGAGCCCAAGACAUGGUACGGGGCUCCGGGUUCUGCUGCAGAGAAGCUGGAGUGUGUGAUGAGGAAACUGGCGCCGGAGCUGUUUGAGUCGCAACCUGACCUCCUGCAUCAGCUGGUCACUAUCAUGAACCCCAACACACUGAUGAAUCAUGGCGUUCCGAUCUAUCGCACCAAUCAGUGUGCUGGUGAGUUUGUCAUCACCUUCCCCAGGGCCUACCACAGCGGCUUCAACCAGGGAUUUAACUUUGCUGAGGCUGUCAACUUCUGUACCAUGGACUGGAUGCCCAUGGGCCGCAUGUGUGUGGACCACUAUCGGCAGCUAAACCGAUACUGUGUGUUCUCCCAUGAUGAGAUGGUCUGCAAAAUGGCCUCCACGGCCGACACCAUGGAUGUGGCCCUAGCGUCAGCUGUACAGCAAGACCUGAAUGCCAUGGUCCAGGAGGAAGACGAGCUGAGAGCCAAAGUCAACAAGAUGGGCGUUCAGCAGUCCCAGCAGGUGGAGUACGACCUGCUGCCAGACGAGGAGCGCCAGUGUUCAAAGUGCAGGACCACCUGCUACCUGUCUGCCCUCACCUGUCCCUGCAGCCCCGGCCAGCUGGUGUGUCUGCACCACGCCCAGGACCUCUGCUGCUGCCCCCCCAGCAACCUCACGCUCAACUAUAGGUUCACUAUGGCGGAGCUCUACCCCAUGAAGGAGGCUGUCACUCUGCGUGCUGAGUCCUACACAGACUGGGUCUCCCGUGUCACUAACAUACUGGAAGACAGAAACAAGAAAAGCAGCUUGGAGGAACUGCGCUCCCUAGUGGAGAAGGCUGAGGUGAAGCGGUUCCCUCAGGGUGACCUCCUGCUGCGACUCCGUGCCGUGACCCUGGAUGCGGAGAAGUGUGCUGUGGUGGCCCAGCAGCUUCUCAAUGGCAAGAGGCAGACCAGAUAUCGUUCAGGUGGAGGGAAGUCCCAGAGCCAGAACCUGCUAACAGUGGAGGAGCUCAGAACGUUCGUCAGGCAGCUGCAGAACCUACCCUGCAGCAUCCGCCAGGCCCCGUUACUCCAGGACCUUCUUACCCGCGUGGAUGACUUCCAGCAGCGCAGUGAGAGGCUCCUCCUCGACGAGGCUCCCAGCCCGGCCGAUCUGCAGUGCCUGCUGGACGCCAGCCUCGGCCUGGACGUGGAGCUGCCCCAGCUGUCCGUGCUCCGGGAGAGGCUGGAGCAGGCGCGCUGGCUAGAGGGGGUGCAGGGGGCCAGCGACCGACCCCACAGCCUCUGUCUUGACACCAUGCGGAGGCUGAUAGACCAAGGGGUGGGCUUGGCCCCUCACGCCUCAGUGGAGAGGGCCAUGGCACGCCUACAGGAGCUGCUCACUGUGUCGGAGCACUGGGAGGAGCGGGCGCUCAGCCUGAUGGAGGCCAGGCCCCAUCACUGUGUGGAGACCCUUGAGGCAGCUCUGCAAGAGGUGGAAAGUAUCCCAGCCUAUUUGCCCAACUGUCUUCUGCUGAAGGACACAGUGGACCAGGCUAAAGACUGGCUUCAGGAAGCUGACGCCCUGCAGCUGACAAGUCGGAUUCCUGUCCUGGAUACCUUGACUGACCUGGUGUCCCGGGCCAAGAUCAUUCCUGUCUGGCUUGACCCUCUGGCUCGCCUGGAGGCCCUGAUCUCUGACGUGCAGGCCUGGAAGGAGAGUGCUGCCAAGACCUUUCUAAUGAAGAACUCCCCUUACUCUCUAUUGGAGGUGCUGUGCCCCCUGUGUGACGCUGGGACGGGGUCUCACAAGUCAAAGUUCAAAAGGACCAAGGAUGUGGCCCAGUGCGGCUGGAGAAAUGGGGCCCGGCUGGACUGCCUGGGUGACGUGGAGAGGGCCCUCUCAGAGAGCAAAGACUCUUCCUCAGCCAUGGCCACUCUGGCUGAGGUGCGCCACAAGGAGCUGGAGAGCCUGAUGACCAUCCGGGCCUACAAUGAGUCCAGGCUGCUGCCGACCGGCGACGCCGGGGCGUUUCGAGUGUCCGGCGCCAUGCUGCAGUGUGAGCUCUGCCGUGACUGCUUCCACCGCGGCUGCCUCACCCACCAGGACCCCCUGCCCAACCAGGCCUGGCUGUGCCCCCAGUGCCGGCGCUCUGAGAAGCCCCCCCUGGACCGGGUGCUCCCCCUGCUGGCCUCCCUGCAGCGGAUCCGGGUGCGGCUGCCUGAAGGGGACGCCCUGCGCUUUCUGAUCGAGAGGACAGUCCGCUGGCAGCACCGCGUGCAGCAGGCCUCCUCUGAGGGGGUGCUGGGGGAGACGUCACACCAGCGCUGGGGCGCCUCCAGUCCUUCCUGGUCUCUGGGUCCUCAAACGAACGGCGUGUCGUUUUACAUGGAGCAUCGGAGCAUUCCUCUCCAGGGACUGAGCCCUGAGCUGGAGGAGCUGAUGGUGGAGGGCCUCCUACUGCAGGUGACCCUUCCUGAGACCCAGUGGCUGUACAGGUCCCUCGUCAGCAGACUGGCCCCACGCCCCCAUCCCCAGCACUCAGACAGCCCCUCGCCACAGCACAGCGCGGAACAGGACCAACACCAGCACAACACUCAGGGAGGGAGCCCCCCUCACAACCAGGAUUCUGUGAACAGCAAGAGGACCAAGCGGCAUGUGGAGGAGAGCUCUGAGCGAAAGGAGAAAGCCAAGAAGCCCCGCAAAAAGAAACCCAAGAUGAACAAGGAGAGGAGCCAGGAAGUCAAAGGGAUGUCGUCACCCACCUCCACUCACACGGACCUGUUCCCAUCGGACUCGGACGAAGACUUCACCCUGUGUGCUGCCCCAUGGUGCCGGGAGCCAGAAGGGAAACAGGUGAAUUGGGUCCAGUGUGAUGGAAACUGCCAGCAGUGGUUCCACCAGAUCUGUGUGGGCGUGUCUGCGGCGCAGGCUGAGAAAGAGGACUACAUCUGUAUCAGCUGCACACAGCCGGACCACAACAGGGAGUAAAAGGACCAACUGCUCUGUUCAAAGUCACAGCUCUGGGUGCAUUACCACCCAGUGAACUCCUCCCUUCCUCACCACCCAGUGAACUCCUCCCUUCCUCCUUCGCUGUGCUCUCUCCCCACCGCCGCCUCAUGGACCUUCCUGAUCUUGCUCUUCUUGGUGACAACGUUGCUACUUUCUCCUUCCCAGACCUGCUUUUCAAAGCUAUUGAGACUUUUUCCAUCGCUGUUUUAUUCUAGUGGCUGGCUUUACA